CGCGCCUUCCUCCCGCACCGCAGUCUCCGACCGACCGCCGCGCCCGACGCCCGUCACUCCGCGACCAAAGUCCCGCAUUCCCUCGGAAACGAUAACCCACAAUUCGUGAAUUAAAAUCCAAACUUCUGUGAAUGUAUUGAAGCAUUUACGAUAGUACAUCCUCCUAGUAGUGUGUUACAAGUGUCUGUGUUUUAGUUUCAUCUCCUAGUGAAUUAUAAUUUUAACUGUGAUCGCUGUCGAACAAAACACGGCGGUUUAUAAUUGAGCUUUGUUGAAUUAAGGUUAGCACCAAGGACGGCAUUUAAAUGAAGAAUGCGGCGGUGUGACGCGAGUGGUGCGGGGUGAGGCAGUGGACGGGGCGCCAUGAGCGCUCCCGAGCCGGCGGUGCUCAACGCACUGAAGGGCUUCACAGAAUCCAGCGACAAGUGGCCAGGCCCGCGUGCUGUCAAGAUCUUCGUGGCUUCUGUUUACAAUGAAUUCCGUGAAGAAAGAAGACAAAUCCUGGAGAUGGUCGGUCCAGAGUUGCAGUCCACGUACGACGAUCGAUAUAUUGAGAUCGAGUUCGUGGACAUGCACUAUGGUACCGACGGUGGGGACGAAACCAAUCCUUCAUUACUACACCACUACCUCGAAGAAAUCAAAUGCUGUAAUCAAACAUCGAAAGCUGGAUAUUUUCUGUGCCUCAUCGGUGGCGACGCGUCAUCGUACCAGCCAGUACUUCCCUACCAAAUCCCUGAAGCCACCUUCGAUGAGCUGGUCAAGUCAGAUUCGGUGCAAGCAGACCUCGUCCGAGCUUGUUACCGAUUAAACGGAGAUGGCAGCUACCACCUCGAAGGGGAGGAUAAGUGGUUCAACGAUUUAAUGGAUCGUGAAGAACAGAGGAAUCGUCUCUUCGAGGUCCAGAAGGCGUUUAACACCAUAGCUCUGGAAGCUUUAGCCAAUGGUGCUGAUGUGACCAACCUGCUCCGAAGCCCCGUCGAACUUCAAUGCGAAUUAGCUUUAAAUCUCCUUUCCAACGGAAAUCAUCCAAAGGGCAUGAUAGCGGUGUUCAGAGACGUACCGGAUUUGGAACCAGACGACUCUAAGAUAGCAGCGCUAGCCCACACUAGGUUAAAAGAAUUAAGGAAAAAGCUGGAGGAUGCUUUACCUGAUACACAUGUCAUCACUCUAGAGGCAUCUUCAGCGGAUUCGUCGAGAACAGACGGAGCAUCUGACAACGAAGAAAAAUUAGCUCCUUUAAGAGAGAAGGUGCAAGUAGUGGUCUGUUCGCUAGUUGACGAGAGCCUUAGCACCGAGCCCGAUCAGGGAAAGGGAAGAAAAAAGACUGUACAGGAAGUAUUUCUGGAACACAUCACUCAUCUUAGGAUAUGUAUAGAACAUAAUCGUUUGUAUAAGGUUAACGUUAAGCAAAUUGAAGAAGCAGCCAAAAGUAUUUUAAAUAACGCUAAGGAAAAUUACGAAAAUCGAACACGGCAUCCACCAGCUUUAAUAUAUGGACCAGACGCUUCAGGAAAAAGCACUUUAUUGACACAUCUUUACUUCAAGUGCGAAGAAAUUUUCCCGAAGCCAGUUUUAAGGAUAGUAAGAUUUUCCGCUUCAACACCAAGAUCGGCCUACAAUUUGGAACUGCUUCGAGUGAUGUGUCAACAAAUAUCGAUAAUUUUAAACAUUCCCGAAGGUUACUUGCCAAAAGACGCGAGUUUCGACCCUCUCUAUAUAAACAAUUGGUUUCAAAGCCUGCUUAGAAAAUGUGAGGAGAUGGAAAAUGAGAUUUUGUUGAUAUUUAUCGAUAAUGUGCAUAGAGUGAAUCCCUUGGAAUGUGAUAUAGUGACAGGUUUGUCUUGGCUGCCGAUGUCGUUGCCAAGAAAUGUGUUUCUCGUGUGCACUAGUGCCGUAUCUUUGGAACAACUGCAGCUGACGCCGGCUCAGAAGGAAAAGUUCAAAGUUCAGAACUGUUACUAUUUGUUGGACGCGAUAGAGGAGACUCCGGAGAAUAAUAGCUAUGGAGACUAUAUUGAUGGUGCCUUCGAUAACUUAGAAGUCCUCUUUGGUUCUAAAGCGUUUAGUAAAUUAGCCAGUUACAUAACUUGUUCGGAGUUCGGGCUGACUGAACUAGAACUGUUGGAGCUACUAAUGCCGACCAGCAACAGCGACGCGGUUAUUACACUGAAGGACGCAAACUUUAACUUCUCUACCAUAUGUGUCGCUAAAUAUAUGAUGAAAAAUUUAAUAUCGGAAAACGUAGUGUCGGGUCGGUGUACUUGGCGAUGGCGGGCAGCUGCCGCCGGGGCACGAGCGCGGCGUCGCUACGUGCGAUCACAGGCCGCACUGAGAGACGCACACUCCGAUCUUGCCGCAUUACAUUUCGCCAAUUUCCUCCACGAUGCCGAUGACACAGAUACUUCUGAAGCUCAAGAACCUGGUUGCGUGGAUAAUGACGACGAUGCUCUCCUGGACUCGACUCCAUUCCACUCUGCUACCAGAACAGCAGCUGCCUUUACUCAGCGACACGUGGAAGAAUCUUGGCUACACUUACUGUUGGCUGGAGAUUUCUCAAAACUCAAAGACCUAACUGUCUGCAAUUUCGACUUUUUACUUGCGUCGGUACAAACAGUAACAAUAUCGUACCUCCGAUGUAUACUGGAACACGUGCGAUGUUAUAUCCUGGAUCGAGACGUGGAGCUAGUGUACGGAGCAGUCCGGAAAUCCAGUGAUAUUCUCACCAGAGAUCCUAUGCAGCUGGGUGCACAGAUAAUCGCGUGGCUCCGCCCGGCAGUUGCAAGACGCGGCGUGCUGGCCACUUUGGUGACUGCAGCUAUGGCCUGGUGCGAUGGUUACGACAAACCCCUGCUGGUACCACUCAAUGGAUGGUUGCAACCACCGAUAGCGUCAACAGUACGCGUCCUCUCCGUGGGUGGAUCAACUCCUGGAGCUGGAGCCAGGCUCCUACAGCUGGCACCAUCAGGACAACACCUGGUGCUCGCUCCAUCAGCUGGAGACCCUCAGCUAUGGCAUGUUAUGUCCAACUCUAGAGUACAUACUUUUAAAGGUCAUUCAGGGCGAAUCCUCUGCAUGUGUGUGACUCGAGAGUCACAAUACUUGCUGACUGGAUCUGAAGAUACCAGCGUCAUCGUUUGGGACCUCCAUACCUUGGCAGUCAAGACUAAAAUUCUGGAACACAUAGCACCAGUGCUGUGUGUAGCGGCUAUAGUGAACAGGUCGCUAGUAAUCAGUGGAGGAGAAGAUUCUGCGGUCAUUGUCACUUCCCUCGUCGACGGGGCUCUGGUAACAAAACUAGAUCACCACCGCGGCCCAGUAACAGCAGUAAAAGUAAUCCAAGAUGGCGAAAUCCUAGUCACGUGUUCUCAAGAUGGCACUGUCUGUACUUGGAACGUAGACAACUUCACUCUUCUCAGCACCGUGAAUGCAGGAGUUCCUAUAAACACCAUGGAGAUCACAGACGACAAUGUUUUCCUUAUAACUUUGCAAGGAGAAAAUGAAUUACACGUCCGAACUUUCAUUACUGGGACUCAUUUACAUGUAUUGAAGCGACAUAAGGCUAAGGUGAAAUGUUUCUGCGUGGCUCAUGAUUCGUCUCGCGCCGCAGUAGGCUGUGCAGAUCAGAGGAUUUACUUGUACAGUCUUCAUAGUGCGACUCUCCUGCGCACUUUGGCAGUUGCGCAUGAUCUGGCGGCGCUGGCCGUCGCUGAUAAAGAUCACUUCUUGCUGGCUGCUGGCGGCAACAGAGUAACGAUAUAUUCAUUCCACACAGAAGACAACUUGACUAAUUUCCGACCAACUAAGCAGACAAAGAGACGCCAAACUAAAUCCAUGACAAAUGUGACUAUGCUACAGGCAGAACAAAGCGAGCUCAUCCCCAUCAGCUGUCUAGAAAUCUCCCGUGACGGCCAAUUGGCUGCUAGCGGUUGUGCUCGAGGCCUAGUCAGAGUAUGGCACCUGUCCACCCACCGUCUUCAAACCACUCUAAACGGCCACCUCGGACACGUCACAUGUGUGACUUUCUCUCCUAAUAACCUACUGGUCCUAAGUGGAUCUGAAGACAGAACCAUCGUGGUUUGGCAACUAGCUGACAAUUCACCAUCGCUGACUUACAAGGGCCAUUCAGCAGCUCUGCAAACUUUGUUGAUGAUGUCUGACGGGAGGCGCGCGAUGUCGGGAGACCGCGCUCGCAAUGUUCACGUGUGGCUUGUAGACUCCGGCAUAGUGUUGCACUCCACCGCCGCACCCACAGCCAGCCUCGAUGUUACACUCAACAUGAAGUUCGCUGUGCUAUCAGAUGGCGAUAAUUCUGUUCGUAUCUGGACUCUGGCUGGUGGUGAUAGUGGAGAAGAGAAGAGGAAUGUGUCCCACGCAGAACGGAUCACAUGUUUUGCCUUAACAGCAGAUUCUCAACAUGUCGUUACUGGAUCUAUGGAUAUGUCACUCAAAGUUUGGAAGUUAGAUGGAGGAAAGUUGUCACAGGUAUUAGUAGGCCAUUCGGACAUUGUAACCUGUGUGGCAGUCUCAAUAACGAACAAGACGCAGAUAGUCUCAGGCUCUUGGGACUGUAACCUGAUAGUGUGGGACAUCAAUACGGGAUCGGACUUGCAUUUGCUGUCUGGACAUCUUGGGAAGGUCACUUGUGUGAAGGUUACUGGAGAUGGAACUAUUGCGGUGUCAAGUGCGGAAGAUAAAACACUUAUCAUCUGGGAAACGAAGAGAGGUCUGGCUCUGACAUCUUUGGCCCUGCACGUGCCGCUACUCGGCUUUCAGAUUACAAGCGAUUGCGCACGUAUCGCUGUACAUCUUUUGGACCGAGGUUGUCUUCCAAUGAUCUGCUUGCACAACACUCCGGCUACGUAUGUCAAGAUACCAACAUACGCUGCACCUACUAAAGAUGUUGAUGAGUUGCGACCCUUAGCACCGAAGCGUCCUAUGAGAAGAUUAUUGAAAAAAGAAGUUUCGCUCGAUACUUAUACUUGGCAGAAGAAAUAUGGACAUCUUACUUCUGCGGCUAUGAUGGCACAAGUUGAUGAACGCUUGAAGAGAAGAUUCUCCGUGUCCGCAUCAAUGGAAGAGAUCUCAAAGAUACAAGAAGCAAAGAACAAGGACUUGGGUUCACAGGUGAGCUUAGGUCCCGAGGAGGCAGCGAUAGCCCAAUCUCAGCACUUUGAUCAGCUGGAAGCUUUAUGGAACAAGAUAUCGCCGCCGCGACGACGGUCCAAUAAGUCACUGUCAAAACAGAGCUCGUUAAUUGAGAGCCGAUUCGACUCAUCCGACGAAGAGCACACGCCGGUUGAGGAACAAGAACACAUGGUGGAGUAA